AUUUUGCGUAUAUCAUUCUUACUUAAACAAUUUCAACACGAAAGAAGUAAAAAAAAUCACAAAUAAAACAUUUUGUUAGAAUUGUAACAUUCGUGGUAAACCUGAAUACUCUGAGUCACAGCUGGAUGGUCGGAAUAAAUAGCAGAUUACCUAACAUAAAUAAUGAGCGAGAGAUAGUAAUUUUCGUGUAUUUAGUCACCAUCAACAUCCAGUCAUGCAUAAUUCUCGCACGUGUGUCACCGAAAUGUUAAAAAAAUUGAGCAAAAAAAUGUGUCUGUAAUACAAAUCAGGAAAAAAAAAUGGCGAAAAAUAUUCAAAACAAUACGCAAAAUUACGGAAGAAAUGUGAAUACGGUGUCCAGUGAUUUGCGGUCGUCGUCGGACGGUUUACUAUCGACCAUUGAACGGGCAAUUAGCAAUACAUCGACACAGAGUGAAAUUAUCGGUGAUUAUGAGACCCAAACGAACCGAAGUGAAUUGAUAUUUAAGGGCAGUGUUACGACCGCAACGUCAAUACAAUCCAUUAAGAAUUAUACCAAAGAAUCGCAGAAGUUAAAACCAUUUUUUAGUGAUGAGAUUUUAGAAUGGUCGGAGGUAGUGUUAGUGCUUUUUUUGAUCUUAUUAAUUGUGAUAACUGUUAUCGGUAACACAUUGGUCAUACUGUCUGUGUUGACGACUAGGCGGCUGCGAACAGUGACAAAUUGCUUUGUCAUGAGUCUGGCUGUUGCUGAUUGGUUGGUCGGAAUUUUCGUGAUGCCACCAGCAGUCGCAGUUCAUUUAAUUGGUUCAUGGCAGUUGGGAUGGAUACUUUGUGAUAUUUGGAUAUCAUUAGAUGUGUUAUUAUGUACAGCAUCCAUUCUCAGCUUAUGUGCAAUUAGUAUAGAUAGAUACCUAGCCGUUACUCAACCAUUAAAUUAUUCUAGACGACGGAGAUCAAAAAGACUUGCAUUAGUGAUGAUUCUGAUUGUGUGGGUACUAGCAUUAGCUAUUACAUGCCCACCGAUAUUGGGAUGGUAUGAACCAGGUCGCCGCGAUUUGGAAGAAUGUCGCUACAAUCAGAACGAAGGAUACGUAAUAUUUUCGGCUAUGGGCUCGUUUUUCAUUCCGAUGGCUGUAAUGAUUUAUGUGUACGUACGAAUUUCUUGUGUGGUUGCUUCGCGGCAUGACAACAUGACUGAAAUCGAAGUUCACAAGAAACACAACAAACAUUUUGAUAUCGAAGUGGAAGUUGAAAUGGAUGUAGACCCGUCAUCGGAACACGAAUCCCAGAGUCCAUACAAAAAACGAUCGAUAUGCCAGAAAUCAUCAACGUCUAUAACUGCGUCGACAGCUACAUCCGAACCAAUGCCAUGCUACAAAGAAUCAAAUGUUCACCGCAAUGGUCAUUACGAACUCGUUGACACGACAACACGACCACCAUCAAUAAACCGCAACAAACAGAAGACAAAUAACAAUCCAUCCGGUAAUAUAAAAAGCUGUGCACAUCAGUUCAGUAUGAAGCAGAACAAUUCCUCGACAUGUGGUGAACAGCAUUGUCCAACAAAACAAAUACGAGCCCAUCACAAGUCAUUAUCGAACAAAAUAUCAUCGUUGAAACGUGAAAAUAAAACCACUCAAACUCUGUCGAUUGUCGUUGGCGGAUUCAUUGUAUGUUGGCUACCAUUUUUCAUUUAUUAUCUAAUUACACCCUUUAUUCCGCAUGAGGCACACAGUGCUAAUUUAACAAAUUGUUUAACAUGGUUGGGCUGGUUCAAUAGCGCCAUGAAUCCAUUUAUUUAUGCAUUUUAUAGUGUCGAUUUUCGGGCUGCAUUUUGGCGCCUAACUUUUCGUCGAUUUUUUAAGAACUCAUUGAGAGCUCCUUAUUCGAGCAAUGCAAUUUCGAUCCGACGGUAAUGGAAUCAUGUGCUAAUGGAGCUUAAUUUUUAAGAUCCAGAAUGAUUCAUUUCUGACACUGCAACGGCACUAUUGAGAUCAGAAAUACAUACAUUAUACGUAUAAUGACGCUAAAAGAAUGUGUUGUGCAUUCGAGUCACGUAUUAAUUUCUAGUCGAUCUGAAAAGCCAAUGUACUAUUGUUCCGAUGAAAAUAUUUGGUCUUUUGUGAGUAAAUACCAAUGUCAAAUAUUUUCAUUAGAAUUAUGGUUAAAUAAUUCCGAAAGCGUUGCCAAUGCAUUCAACUUUUUUGUGAUAGUUUACGCUACAAUAUGUACAUUUUGACUCAUUGUUAACAUGCUGCAGUAGUAUUAUAAUAUGCACGUUUCUUGCAUGCUGCAACCAAUGAAGCAAUGAGCUCUAAAG